UUUUUGCCAAUUAUUCCCUAGUAGCAUACCACCAAAGAUUGGAAACGUCCAAGGGCUUCAAGGACUUCUUCUUUCAUCAAAUCAUUUGGUUAAGCUUACAGUGCAAAACAAUAAUAUUUCUGGCAAUAUACCUGAGGAACUUAAGUCAUUGAGAAAUUUACAAACCCUUAAUCUAUCAAACAACAGAUUGAAUGGGUCAAUCCCGAUAUUUAUAGGAGAUUUUUUGCUGUUGUUCCAUUUGAACCUGAGUAAAACAAGUUUGGCCGGAAAAUUCCAAAAGAGGUAGGGAGGAUAACUCAUCUGAGUGUACUUGAUUAGAGCUAUAAUUUUCUUGAUAGAGAAAUAACUGUUCAUCUAGCCAGUUUGUUGGACUUGUCAAACUUGAAUCUUUCCCUCAAUGGCCUCUCUGGCCUUAUUCCUGAAGAAUUUGAAAGUUUGACUAGUUUGCAGGAUGUCGUAUUGUCACACAAUAAUUUGGAAGGGCCAAUCCCUAAUAAUAAAGCUUAUAUUAAUGCUUCAUUAGAAGGUAAUAAAGGUCUUUGCGGAAAUCUAAUAGGAUUUCAGCUAUUCGAAAAUCCAUCUUCCCACUCAGUAGCAAAGCGAUGUAAACUGAUCCUUAUCACGGUACUUCUUGUUAUGGGAGCACUAGUACUGCUUUGUGUUUUCAUUGGUGUUCUCUUUAUGUGUAAUAAAAGGAGAGUUAAAGAUGUUAAAAGACGGGAUGAUGAUGGUUGGCUUUCGAUAUCCAUGUUAUAUGGAAAGGCAUUGUACAAGGACAUCUUAAACGCCUCAGAAGAGUUUGAUGCAAAAUUUUGCAUCGGGCAAGGAGGGCAUGGAAAUGUUUACAAGAUAAACCUUCCAUCAUUAGGGAAUGUAGCUGUGAAUAUACUUCAUUCUUUAAUUGAGAAUACACAUCCCAAAAGCUACAUUAAUGAAGUAAAGGCAUUGACUAGGAUUAAGCACCGAAACAUUGUGAACCUCUAUGGCUAUCGAGACAUAUCAAGCAGUAAUGUUUUGCUUAAUUCUAUGUAUGAAGCUCGUGUUUCAGAUUUUGGCAUUGCUAAGCUUCUCACGCCAAACUCAUCCAACUGCACUGCACUUACAGGCACAUAUGGCUAUGUUGCACCUGAGCUUGCAUAUAAAAUGAAGGUUAUGCCAAUGUGUGAUGUCUAUAGCUUUGGAGUUUUAGCAUUAGAGAUAAUCAAAGGGAAGUAUCUCGGGGAAUAUAUUACCGUGCUAGCAAAUUCUUCGACUAUAGAUCAUGUGCAGUUUAGUGAUUUACUAGAUGAACGCCUUCCAUAUCCUGAAGAUGAAGUAAAAGAGGUUUUGGUUUUUAUCAUCAAGCUAGCAAGUUCUUGUUCGGUUUAAACUCAAAAAUCAAGGCCAACAAUGCAAUUCAUCUCUCAUAAAUUAUCAACUAUGGUUCCACAUCCACCAACUCAUGUAAGGCGAGCUUUUUAAUCCCUGAGAUGUACGGUGUCUUUGUAUGAAGGUGAAUAUAACCUUGUGCCCACGAUAAAAUUAUAUUCGGACUAGUAUUGUUGUAACGUCAGGGUGUUUAUAUUUAUUCUAUUAGAUUAUAUAUGUAGACUUGUCACUUGUUUAUUGUUGAGGUAUCACAUGUUCUGUUUCUAUAUGCUAUUAAUUGGCAACAUCAACUUCAAGAUACUCUAUAUAUAGACCAAUAUUGUGUUGUCUGGGGUAGUACAAUAAUUUGUAUGUUACUUUGUAUAAACUUCGACCAAGUUCAAGACCAAACUUGUCAAGAAUAACUUGAAGUUUCAACACCUUCAACACAAGAUCAAUAAUGACCUAUCAAAGAAGUAUGUUAUAGUUAAGAAAUAAGAUGAAAUAGAAAUUAAAGCCAAGUCCUUCGAAUUCAUGGAGUGUCCUUAAGGAAAUAAUUCCCCUCAAGUACUCGAGGUUGCAAAAUUUUCCUCCCAGGAUAAAAUGGCUUACAAUCCGAUAGUAAUGGUACCUAAAACUAUCGGAUUCCUCAAACUCAAUCAAUGGGAGAUAAUCUGAAUGAGUUUUUAGAAGAUAAGAAGUGUUUUUUAGCUGUCAAAAAUCAUUUCUAUACCUUAGGAAUAUGUCAGGUAUUUAUAGCCAUAAGGUGUUCCUUUGGAAAGGAAGCAUUGGUUCUUGAAGAAGGCAUCUUUUCUGUAAAGUCACAUCACCUACGCCCAGUCUAUGUUCGAACUAUACCUGACCAGCGGGCGCAGGUGAGAUUGUGUAGAUUCUAGUAGCUUGUACGCUACACCUACACUGCUCUUGCAUCUGUAGGUUGCCAGGUGCAUGCGCAAAUCACUCUUCUGCGCGAAAUAGUAUGCCUUUUACCUCAAAGAUUGCAUUCCUUCGAGGUGCAUUGUGCAUGCAUUUGUAUGGCAUCCGAAAUGCGCUCUCAUAUGGAAAAUAUAUUUCUAUCAGAUUCUUUGGAUUAAAUUUCACUUGUUUUUCAUGUCUCAAAUAAAAAUUGUCUAAAACAUUAAUUUCAUCAGUCAUUUUCCAAAUCCAAUUCCAAAUCCGAAUCCAAAGUCGAGCCGGACGAGCAACGAUGGUGUGAGGCACCUCUUUGUUCUUACCUCACUAUCAAAGUGGAGAUAUCUUUCUCAAUAUAAACACAUGAAAGUUUCUUUCUCCCACCAAUGAGGGAGAAUUUACUAGACUUUUCUCAUUUUGAGCAUACUUUUCUUUUUAGUGUGGACUCACUUUUUCUCUACUAUUUUCCUCCAUUUUCUAUUCACAUAUUCAACUUGAACCUAACAAUCCCCCACAUUAAUGGAAAAUGGCUAUCUUAUGAAGAAUUUACGGACAAAUGUGUGAUUAUCAAGCAAAGACUGAUUGUAUUUGGAUAAGUAGGUUUCCCUUUUAGCAUUUUGUAGUGAACAUGCAUUGGAUGCACUCGAUCAAUUGAUAGAUUUGAUAUCUUUGAACCUUCGAGCUUUAAUGUACACCUAGACAACACAUGUCACAGAAUCAACCUUUUAUCAUUUAUGGAUCUCACAAUUUUGUUCAUUUCAACCAUGAACACGUUCCGGUUUUAUGAAACGACUUUCACUUCUCCCUCACAUUGGUGAUUUCUAAAGGUUCAAUCCUAUAAAUUAAACUAUUUGAUUAAAUUUGCCAAAUUUAGAUAAUCAUUAAA